UCUGCCAUAACAAACUCAAAUGUUUACACAAAAUUGUUCUAUGGGAAUGAUAAAAAUGGACGAGGAAAUGGAAAUGAAGGAGCUCCAAUUCGGAUCCAAUGACAAUGCCAAGAAAAGACUUCUGGACACCCGGGCCCAAGUGGACGAGGUGGUCGGGAUAAUGAGAGUGAAUGUGGAGAAGGUCCUGGAACGUGAUCAGGGGCUAUCGGAACUAUCGGAACGAGCUGAUAAUCUGGAACUGGGCGCCUCCCAAUUUCUUCGACAGGCUGGAAGAUUGAAACGCAAACACUGGUGGUCCAAUGUGAAGAUGAUGCUCAUUCUGUGCGUUAUCACCGUAAUCCUACUUGCAAUCUUACUAGUUUACAUUUGGCCAACUGGCAGUGAUGAAGGGUCAAAAGCCAUCACCGCAGAGCCACCAAAAUAAUUGCGUUCAAAUAAUUAUUUAAUUAAAUUUUUCAUCAAUCGUGUA